AUGCAGUUGGAGGGCUCGCACACCGCUUUGCUGAUAGCGAAGACCCUUGAAGGCAUUCUGGCAGAGUGGGGACUGACUGAGACGUUGUUCGCUGCCACUACGGAUAAUGCAGAGAACAACAACAAGGCCAUGCGCAUGCUUGCAGGGGACCCAGCGGAGGGCGCUGAGUCGAAGAUGGCGUCUCCGCUGUUCGACGGAGAUCGCCACCUACGCGAACAGCUGGAUGGCCUUCGGCUGACCGACGUGCAUUGGGAGGCUCUCGUCGAGCUCAAGGAGUUCCUCGAGCCAUUCAACACCAUCACAAAGGCAGCCGAGGGUUCCUUGUACCCCACGGCUGCUUCAGUCGUGCCGUUGUACAACCAGUUGCUCGACAAGCUAGAGAUCUCCUCUCGCAAGGAGGGUGUCACUCCCCUCCGACAGGCUCUCGACUCUGCAACCCUCGCCAAGCUGAAGAAGUUCAAGUACGGGGAGAAGGAAGAGUUGGUGAUUGCCACCUUCCUGGACCCCCACUACAAGAUCGUCUUCUUCCAGCUGCCGAAAUGGGAGGCGCGCAAUGCUGCGCACGUCACAAAGGUGGGGGGGUGUGCUAGGAGGGUGCAAGAUGUAGAUGAGGAAACGGUGAUAUGGCUGGUGCAUGUGCGUUUGGCCAAGUACUAG